CAGCUGUUAUUUAUUAUCGUAGGUUUUUUUUCUUCUUUUAAUUCUUUCUAAUAUAAGUCUCAGUUACUAACUACUCUUUCUGGUCUCUCUCUUUCUCUCUCUCUUAAGCCUCCUCCUCCUGCCUUCCUCAUUAGUGCGUUUCGUGUCUCCGUCCCGACAUUUCCAGCUCUCUUCCCGCAACGCAGGCAGUUUUCGAUUGAGGUCUCCGCCUCCAGUUCGUAGUCCUCUUGGGAUCUUAGUGAGCGCGACUUCUCUUUUCGCUGCUACAUCCGGAUGAAAGCUACGCCAAAGCGGACGAGGCGGGGCCUUUGAUGUGCACUUGUACGAUUUGUCUGCCGGCUUUGCGGGCGAUCGAGAUAGCCGCUUUGUUCUGCUGUUCACGACAAGAUUUUGCUUUUGGCGCCGGGUUGGAGGAUAGUGCGUUCGCGCCUUCCGCUUCCUCGAUGAAGCUCGCCGGAUUAGUACCCGUACGUCCGCUUCGUUGACGCCCCAUGCAGUCCGCACCUGCUAUGAUCCACCAUUUUGCUUGAGACGAGUGCUACACGCGUCUUCUUACUGCCGCAUUGAGCUUUGUCGUCCAGUGAAGUCAUGGGUUGCUCGAACACGCGCGUCCCUGUUACAAACGCGGCCCAUGGUUCUCUUUGUGCGCUGGCUGUGUUUCAGCACUUCUCCAAUUUAGAACUUAUUAAGAGUGUGCACCUUUAUAUGGACGACGGCUUUGUCACAGCUGUGCAGCAAGAGUUCCUUUUGUCACCAGACGUUUAUACUCAGAUCAGUGAACCCAUUCCUUCGUAUUUCAGCAGAUUUGCUCAUAAUGGUGCCAAACAAUUCAUUGACACGUUGAAGCAGUUGAAUGAAGCGGACCUAUGGCAAUGCGUGCUGGAGUAUCAUGUGCAUACGCCUCAGGAUACGUCCAUUAUCCCUUUAUUGAGUGUAUCCAAAAAUCCGGCUCUUUAUUACAUUCCGAGCCUGGCGGAAGACCUAGUCCUGGUUGAGAAGGCUGUACAGAUCCCAGCUCAUGAACAUCAGCAAUGUAUACCCCUUCGUGGUCCGGAUUGCUUGGAUGCCCAACAACAUUUUCCUGCUUGUGGAGGGCAAUCUUACAUUGAUGGCUCACAGUUGACUUGGAAUUUCCCAAAAUGGGGCCUUGCUGGCUUCUCCGGUUUUACUGUCGAGUCAGCGGGUAUGAAUGAUGGAGUCCAAAGCGAGAGUAAUUCCCAAGCAGAAACUUUGCAUGACUGGGGUUCAGAUCUUGAGUUGGCAAGCCCUCGGAUGUUUGAGACGUGCGUCUUAGGUUCAUCCUGGAGUACGAGCAUCUCGAGCAUGCCAUUCACAGGGCUGAUGUCAAGUUCAUGCCUAAUAUCGAAUGUGGCGUCCAACAACAAAUCUGAUCCUGUUUCAUGGAGUCCCUCAUCUCUGGUUCUAGAGUCUCAAAUGGCAGGAUCCUACGCUUUUCACGAAGUACUGCCUUUUUCUGAUGACAGCAACUGUGGCCAAAUGAAGCUUACAACUUCUAGUGAUGCUUCACAGAGUCCAGCACUCUGUCAUGGUGAUCUAUUUUUAAGUCCACUCUGCACAAGUUCCACAAUGUCUGAUCGAGUCAGUCCACGGUCUCCUCUACUGAAAAAGGUUGUAGAAAGUGCAAUGUCCUACUGCAGCGAUGAAAGUCUCAGUGAACCAGCUGGGUCUGACAGGCCAAAGGGUGGUUUCUCUUCCGCCGCUUUGCCAUUUGAUUCUCAAAAGUGCAGGAUUAUAAACCAUAGAGGCGAGGUUUUGACGCAUCAGCCCUGCUCGUAUGAGCUUUCAGAACCUGGACACGAUGUUGGACAUGUGGGCGAAUGUCAUUCCAUGUUGGAAAUGGGAGCUGAGCCGUGCAACCAGCGGGGAGCAACAGAGCGGAUGACUGAGAUCACUUUGCAUGAACUUUCUCAGUACUUUCAUAUGCCUAUCACUCAAGCUUCCAAAGAGCUCAAAGUUGGUCUCACUGUAUUGAAAAAACGGUGCCGGGAGUUUGGGAUCCCUAGGUGGCCACAUCGCAAAAUGAAGAGCUUGGAUAGUCUCAUUCAAAAUAUACAGGAGUUGGCCAGGGGCCCUGAAGGUGGGACAUCAGGGCCCGUGAUGAGUGCUGUCAAGGAACUUGAGCAUCAGAAGAAGCGAAUGGAGGAACGCCCCGGUACUGAGCUUGCGGAGCGAACCAAACGAUUAAGACAAGCUUGUUUCAAGGCCAGCUACAAGAAACGUCGUCAGGCACUUACGAGUCUCCUCCAGCAAGAUGUUGGGGUAGAGAUGUGUAAGGAUGCAGUGGUUGGUGAGCUGCCUUCUGUCCAAAUUCGGUAACUUUUUAGCCGGUUAACUUCAUCGAGUGUGGCGCACUUUCGCACCUAGACUUGAAAUCGGCGACUUAAGGCCGGUAGUAGUUUUCAGCAAUGAACUUGUUCUGCAAGGUUCGACUUUCAGAUCAAUAAUCUUUUUAGCUUUUUUCACAUUCUUUAAUAAACUUAUAGAAGUGUGUGGAAAGUGAACGAAGUUCAUAUGAUGUAGCGAUUCAAUACAUCAGAGUUUUGCAAGUAUUUCUACACUGCGAUUGUCAAGCAAGAGUAGUUUCCUAUUGAGCAGGUGUUACUUAGUCUCAGCGAGUUUAGCAUACAUGAGAGUUUGGUCGAUGACCCUUAGGUGGAAAAAGUUGAAAAAGUUCAAAAUUUUCGCUGGACACAUAGUAGGCGGCCAUAUGAAAGGAGGCUUACCCUCACACAAGACUUUCCUCCUAUCCUUUUUCCUUAAUGUUUCUGUAAUAGAAUGGAUAGUGGUCUGAGCAUGGAGAUCAGUACCAUUUACCAUUACUUAUUAUUUGUUAUUAUAUAUAUAUAUAUUUCCAUAAUAAAAACAUAGGAAUGAAACUUAGAGCUUAUUGAAA